GUACCAUUCAACCUAUAAUCUGUUUUUUGUGGUUUGGUUUCACAAAUCAUAAUUAAGGGCGAAUGUAAAUACCAGGGAUGUCGGCUAAAGUUUGGUCCAUGGGCCUCUAAAGUGAUAGGGGCCCACUUAUAUGGGCUGAAAACCCAAACAACUGUCCGAGCUUUGGACAAAAAGAGAAGAUCACCCAACCUGCCCCGCUGGCAAAGAAAGAAUCGAAAAGGAACGAACUGGGAUUCCUCUGGUUUCUUCCUCCUCCCAUCUCCCGCGGCUCCAAAUCCCUAGUGGCGGUGGUGGUGUAGCUGUACCAGCUUCGUUGUCUCCGCCGUCGACCAAGGGAAGAGAUAAGGAUUUCUCACCCCGAGUUCUUGUGCCGCCAGCUGACGCGGAGCGCAACUGGGGACAGCCCUGUCAGCGCGAUCACCAUCGCCUUAAGGUCUGCUCUUCCCCCUUUCCAUCUCCUCUCAUGCACCAUACUGAAAUCGCUUCAAUUGCUGGGUAUGCUUUGGGAAGAUUUUUGGAAUUCGAAUUCCCUUCUCCUCGCUGGUAGUUUGAUUGCCUUGUCCAUUUCCUUGCGCUGAUUCCAUGUUCUGUUUUGACGUUUGUUUCCAGUAUUCAUGAUUUACUGGCUCAAUAGAUUAGUUGAUCUUAAAUCGCCGAGUCUUGGUUGCAAUUGGGUGCCUUAUAGCAUAAAUAACUAGAUUGUUGAUAUAAUUGCUAUGCUUGUGCGUUCUGCACCAGAAUCGACAAUGGUCAAAUUGAAAUCCUAUGUUUCGAUACUAACGAUUGGAUUGUGAUAGUCUCCAUUUUGUAAGAUACAUGUUCAUACUCAGUAUUCAAGCUAGCGCGUUGCCAGCUUAUUGUUUAGCCAACUGGGUUGGUUUUCUUGCUUCAAGGUGGUUUGGAGUGAAUGUUGUUAUGGAAGAGUAACUAGAUUGUGGACAUUAUCUGGAGCUGCAUACCACUUCUUUGUGAUUUUAUCACAACUGAGUGAGUUUCUGUAUGUGCACCUCUUCCUUCGAUCGUUUUGGAAACACCACAAAAUUCUACGUUACCGCUAGUGGAGAAUGAUUUGAAACAAACUUAGUUUUAAUAAUCUUAGACGCCUAGAUUCGUCUGAUGUUAAUCCUCACCCAAAAAACUGUAAUUCUUGUCUGCUGAUGCUCAUGGUUACUAUACAAGCUCUGUUUCAGCAUUUCUGAUAUGGUUUCUUUCACCAGCUAGUUCUGUUGGAGUCCUCAAACAACCGAAAUGGAUUUAUUGGAGAUAUGGGCGAUCUUUGGGCCAGGGGUGUCAGGUGCUGUUUUUGGAGCUGGGUGGUGGUUCUGGGUUGAUGCUGUGGUUUGCAGUUCUAUUCAGGUCUCAUUUGUGCACUACCUUCCUGGGAUAUUCGCAUCCAUCGCAGCUCUGAUGUUCAACUGUGUUAGGAAAGAGGACAUAGACUACUCUCCAUAUGACGAAGGCGAAUGGAGAUUGAAGCUGUGGCUCUUCUUUGCUUAUGUGGUGUCAUUUGUUUCCCUCGCGGCAUCGGUUGGUUUGUUGAUACAAGACUCGAUUGUCAAGGACGGGCCUUCGGUGUGGACUGGAGUUGCAGGUGUCUUGCAGUGUGUGUUUGUACUGAUCAGUGGAUUGAUUUACUGGACAUCACACUCGGAAUGAAAUAAGAAGGCAUCGCUGGCAGCUACCAAAUGAAUAUACCAUUUCAUCAUUUCUGUUAUGGAGUUGGAAUUGUUGAGUCAAGUUUGGUGUUUACUCUGAUAAGGUGAAUGCAAUCAUCAUUUUCUGUAAAUAUCUUGUAUGUUGCUUAUAUUCUGGCGCGACAUAGAUAGACCGUUGCAAGGUCAUGUUGCUUACUGUGAAGUUGUGACAAUUUGCUUUGAUUGAUGUUUGUUCAUAUGAGUCUGGAUCACUAUCGCUGCGUGUACCAUCAUACCACUGUACCAUGUUGCAUCACUAUCGCUGCAUGUUCAUAUCACGUUCUGGGAAAUGGUUCAGGAUCGUGUGCUUUCCGAAUUACAUUUCUUCGUAUGAUGGAUGAUGGUAUCCUAUUCCUCUCUCAGGAGCACACUGUGGAUGCAGGGCCAUCGAGGAUCCCGUCUUUUGGUUUAUCUAUCCACACCAGGGACAGUGGAUUCAUCUUUUCGUAGACUGCACUUCAGUUACUUGAUUAUGGCAUUAUGCAGUUACACUGAUUUGUUGGGUUCCAUGGUCUCGGUUUGAUGUUCGCUGUAUCAACAAUCUGCAGGUAAGCUAUGCUGAAUUGACCGGUUUCAUUAUGCUAUGUUUAGGCUUAUUUGGAAAUCGAGAUGCUAGGUCGUAUAAACAUAUCCAAAUUUGAAACUCAGCCUUUCAACACAGAUAAAUUCAGCAUUUAUGACCGCAGAAGUUGAUAUAAGAAUCGAAAGAAGACCAACAAAACAAGUAGCAACAGAAAAAUAAAAAGAUUUGCACUGU